AUGGGUUGCUCCAGCUCGAGAGAUGAGAACGGAGAGGUUGUCUCGUUCGAAAGAUCAGAGCCCCUUCUGGACUUCAAAUGCAAGGGUUUCGAGCAUGGAGGCGUGCAAGUGGCGCAGUGCGCGGUCCAAGGCUGGCGCAAGACCAUGGAGGACGUGGCGUUGGUGCAGUUCGGCGUCCCUCCAAGAGAGGACACGCUUGCGCUGGGCGUCUUCGACGGCCACAGCGGAGGCGACGCGGCCCAGUUCGCACAGGAGGAGCUGAUCGGACACAUCAAGGAGACGGACGAGUGGAGACGAGGAGACGUGAGCACGGGCUGCAUCAACGGCUUCAUGGCCGUGGACGUCUCGAUGCGCAAGUGCGGGGUACAGAGCGGCACGACCGCGGUCUUGGCUCUGAUUGGUCCGGAAGACAUCGUCGUGGCCAACUGCGGGGACAGCCGGAGUGUUUUGAGGUGGGAAACCGAUGCCGGUCGCUGA